CAUUGUCUUUGUUAUAAUUCGAAGAUCUCUGUAAUAAACAUACAAAAACAUUCUCAGUGUAUUUGUUACGUCAAUUUCUGUAUUUAAUUGAUCGUACGCUAAUAAUAAAACCAAUUACUGCCAUAUAAACAUCGAUAAGUGUGUGACAAAUCAUACAAUGGCUAAUUGGAACGGUUCGCCGAGCUCUUCGCGGGGUUCUCCGAUAAAUGGGACUCCGAAGAGGAGACCUCACAGUUGGCAUAGCAGUGGCUCCCCGUCGAAGAAUAAGAAGCGUAAAUCGUUAGCUCAUCCGCACUAUAUUAUGGACGGUCAAAGAGCUUUAGAUCUUAUGCCUUUGCUGCAGGAGAGACUGGUGGUGCUGACAGGUGGAAGGGACAGACGUGGAGGACCUGUCCUUUCGUUUCCUGCCAGCCCCCGAAGAGAACGCGCCAAACCAGAAGACUAUAAGAGGCUGCUUCAGUACCUUAUGUCAAUACCCAAUGAUGAAGCCCGAAAUCUAGGCUUUACAGUGUUGGUGGAUAUGCGCGGCUCAACCUGGUCGACGGUGAAACCGAUUCUUAAAGUCCUGCACGAACAUUUUCCCCAGGGUGCCGUGCAUCAAGCCGUAAUAGUUAAACCGGACAAUUUUUGGCAGAAGCAGCGAACGUCCUUAGGAUCCCAUAAGUACAAAUUUGAGACAAAUAUGAUAAGUAUAGAAGCCUUACCAAAAAUAAUUGAUACUAGCCAGCUCACGUCGGAUCUAGAAGGAUCCCUUUCUUAUGAUCACUCUAAUUGGUUAGAAACUAGGUUAGCAACUGAAGAAUUUUCGUGGCAAGCCGCCGACUUGCUAGAUAGACUCGAUGAUCUUCAGGAAGAUUUGGCCAGAAACGACUUUGCAGACGAUGUCAGCGGCGCAAAACACAAAAUAGAUUUGCACAAUGAAAUGAAGAAGAAAAUUAUGAAGGCGCCUGUAGAGGAUAUUGAUGUAUUAGGUCAGCGACUUCUCCAAAGCAUCUGCGGCACCCACGACACGGGCCAGAGCAAUGACAAGGGGGGUGGUGGGGGGAACAGUCCAGACAAACUCAGUCCAGACCUGCAAGAUAUCAAAACCGUCGUGCUCCAAAACCUCGAGGCGGUCCACAGCGCUCAACAACAACUAUUACAACUCUGGCAUCACAAGAAAGUGAAACUGGACCAGUGUUUUCAGUUGAGACUUUUUGAACAGGACUGUGAAAAAAUGUUCGAUUGGAUAUGCCAUAAUAGAGACGUGUUUUUGUUAAAUUACGUGGAGAUCGGGCAUACGUAUCAGCUGGCCAAACAACUGCAAGAAGAGCAUCAGCAUUUUUCCAUGUCUUCGAUGAAUGUUUACGUUAAUAUUAAUAGGAUACUUAGUGUGGCUAGUAGGCUUAUUGAAGGGGGUCAUUACGCCGCUCCGCACAUUAGAUCGGUUGCGGGAAGAUUGGAUAGGACGUGGAAGGAUUUUGCCGCUGGGCUGGACGAACGAACCGCAGUUCUAGCCCUAUCGGUAAUAUUCCAUCACAAAGCCGAGCAGUAUGUAGAAAACGUACCCACAUGGAAAAAUGCCAGCGAAAAUCUUAGUCUGCCUUCCGAAAUCAUGCCUCUGGAGAACGCCAUUCACCAACACCAAAAUUUGUACGAGUCCAUGUGCCAAGCAUAUACUGAGGUUUAUAAUUCCUACCAAGCCUUAUUAAACGGGCUAGAUGUGAUGUUACAAGUGUGCCAUAAACUACCAAGUGCAGAAGAUGCUGACAAAGAAGAAAAACUCACUAAUGUCCAUAGCACUAGCAAGAAACUGCUCUACCAGUUAGAUCACUUGGUGCAAGUUUGUAAUCAACCUGGAACGGAAAAAAAGCAUGGUGAUGGAAAUUAUGAGAAUCGUCCAGGUGGUAACCCUGCUGCUGAUUACAGUGAAGGUGCCAGUCACGUUUUGGCUGUGAUCCAUCAAAUAUUAAACCAUCAUCGGGCUUUGGAGCAAAAAUGGCACGCGAAGAAAAUAAAGUUACACCAAAGGCUCGCUUUAAGACUGUUUCAAGAGGAUGUUAAACAGGUUCUAGAUUGGCUUUCAAACCAUGGAGAGGUAUUUAUCAGAAAAAAUACAGGCAUAGGCAGAAACUUGCAAAAGGCGAGAGUCUACCAGAAAAGUCACGAGCACUUCGAGAAUGUAGCACAGAACACCUAUACCAACGCAGAUAAGCUCCUCGCAGCGGCCGAGGAGCUCGCCCAUACGGGCGAGUGCGAUCCAGACGAGAUCUACAGCGUCGCCAGAGAACUGGAGGCACACGUGGCCAGUUUUGCUGCCCGUGUAGAGCAGAGAAGACGUAGACUGGAUUUGGCGGUACUGUUUUAUACGAGGGAGAAGGAGUUAGCCAGCUGGGCGGACGAGUUGAGGCAGGAGUUGCAACAGGAGGAAAGUGCCGCGGAGGGACUGGAAACAGUAGAGAGGCUAUUGGAACAAACUGAUCAGCAUAGAGUGCAAAGCCUCGAGGCGUGCGCAUCGACAAUAGCACAAGGAGAGGCGUUACUACAAGAGUUACGAUCAAUAGGCGACAUGGAUUCAACAGGCUCAGUCAGCGCAGUAGAAUCAGCCUUAGACCGUUUGGCCAAGCAACGAAACGACUUAGAAGAACUGUGGGCAGCCAGAAAGCUCCGAUUAGACCUCUGUUUGAGGUUAAGGCUUUUCGAACGAGAUGCCUUAGAGGUCUCUUCUCAGCUCGAAAUGUGGAGCGAGGAGCUCCAGCAUAGCGAACUUACUAGGGAUAUUGCAAAAGCUGAACAGUUCUUGAGGUUACACAACGAAAGCGUAUCGCAAAUGCAAAACACAACAUACCAGGUGUUGCAGCAGGGUCAGGACUUAGUGCAAGUGUUCGAAAAUUCUGGCAUUUGUGUUAUGGCAGAUGCGCAGUAUAAUGCGCAAACGAGAGUGCAAGUUUUAUUGGAAUUCUUACAUGACAGAGAGAUGGAUCUGGAAGAUCUAGCAGAACUGAAAAGAGUGAAAUUGGAGCAGUGUAUUCAGCUAGGACAGUUUCAAAAUGACGCAAAUCAAGUGAUAAGUUGGAUUAGGAAUGGGGAGUCGAUGCUGAUGGCUAGUUUUACCAUUCCGAAUAGUUUGGCCGAUGCAGAGCUACUGAAGAAAGAGCAUGAACAAUUUCAGGUUGCAAUAGAAAAAACCCACACCUCAGCCGUCCAAGUGAAGUACCGAGCAGACGCCUUGAUCAACGGCAACCACUAUGAUCCCCAGAGCAUCAGAGACAUUUCCGAGGAAGUAACCAAAAGGUGGCAGCAGUUGGUGACUUGCGCAGAAGAGCGUCACAAACUGGUCACUGCCAGCUUGAACUUUUAUAAGACUGCCGAGCAAGUUUGUUCUGUUUUGGAUAGUCUUGAGAGGGAAUAUAGACGUGAUGAAGAUUGGUGUUCCACCGGACAACCAAACGUUGACAAAGCUACCGCGAUAUCUCAGUUGAUCAAUAAGCACCAAGAACAAAAAGAAGCGUUUCUAAAAGCGUGCACAUUAGCAAGGCGAACCGCGGAAACAUUUUUAAAAUAUACCACUAGAAGUUUGCAGUUUUAUAAUUUCACUAAUACCGCUUCGAAUCAUGAGUGUAGGGUGAAAGGGAUCUUGGAAAAGUUGUUAAGUCAAGAAAAUAAGGUGCUAGAACAUUGGACACAAAGAAAGAAGCGUUUAGAUCAGUGUCAGCAGUUCGUUUUGUUUGAACGAUCGGCCAAGCAAGCCAUCGAAUGGAUUCACGAUACUGGAGAGUGUUAUUUGACUACACAUGCUACGAAUUUAGGUAAUAAUAUCGAAGAAACCGAAAGCCUCUUACGUGAGCACAACGAAUUCAAAGGUACUGCCAAAGAAACCCGCGAGAGAGUAAAACUACUUAUCCAACUAGCAGAUAGUUUGGUAGAAAAAGGACACGCGCAUGCCAGUUCCAUAAAACAAUGGGUCGCAGCCGUGGACAAUCGGUACAAAGACUUCAGUUCCAGGAUGGAACAGUACCGGCAACAAUUGGAAGAAACUUUAGGGAUACAAGAGGAAGAAUCUGAAAAGAAAGAGUUAUCCAUAGAUAGAAACUCCGAUCCGAGUUUGGAGGCGAAAAUUAAGGAGGCAACUAGCAAAGAUUUGAAGGAGCUUAAUGAAGAAAAGAGACGGUCUGCCAGAAGGAAAGAGUUUAUUAUGGCUGAACUUUUGCAAACUGAACGGACAUACGUUAAGGAUUUGGAGACGUGCAUUAAGUGUUUUUUGUAUGAGACUAGGAAUGCUAAUGGGGUUCCUGCAGUACUACAGGGUAAAGAAGAUGUAAUAUUUGGCAACAUAGAAGACAUCUACAACUUCCACAAUUCGAUCUUCUUAAAAGAACUAGAAAAAUACGAAACGAUGCCUGAAGACGUCGGCCAUUGUUUCGUAACUUGGGCUCAAAAGUUCGACAUGUACGUGAAUUAUUGCAAAAAUAAACCCGAAAGUAACUCCUACCUUGUUCAACACGGAGGCACCUAUUAUGAGGAGUUGCAAAAGAAACAUAAGGUGGAGCAUCCGAUAGCAGCGUACUUAAUAAAACCAGUACAAAGAAUAACAAAAUACCAGCUGCUUUUAAAGGAUUUACAGAGUUGUUGCGACGAAGGUCAGGGUGAAAUCAAAGACGGGUUAGAAGUGAUGUUAAAUGUUCCUAAAAAGGCGAACGAUGCCAUGCAUCUUUCUUUGUUGGAGGGAUGCGAUAUUUCCAGUGAUAAACUCGGUGAAGUUGUUCUACAAGAUGCCUUUCAAGUAUGGGACCCUAAACAACUGAUUAGGAAAGGCAGGGAUAGGCACAUAUUUUUGUUUGAAUUGUAUCUUCUAUUUACCAAGGAAGUGAAAGAUUCUGCUGGAAAGGUCAAAUAUAUUUACAAAAAUAAACUUAUGACUUCCGAACUGGGUGUAACCGAACAUAUGGAAGGAGACGAGUGUAAAUUUGCAGUAUGGACAGGUAGGGCACCGAUUUCGGAUUACAGGAUCGUAUUGAGAGCGUCCAGUUUGGAAACUAAACAGCUUUGGGUGAAAAAGCUGAGGGAAGUCAUUCAGGAGACUUACUUUAGUGGGGCUCUACCUUUAACCUUGCCUAAGAGUCCUGCUAAGAUGAAAACUUAUAGUCAGAGAUCUAGCAGGGACAUGGAAGAGUGCAACUCUUUAGACGAGAACGCCGAGAACUUGGACCGUAACUCUGUUACUUCUUUUGGCUCUGGAAAUACGACAGAUUCUGAUAAGACUGGAGUCCUAGAAAUGACCUGGGUGGUCUCGGACUUCACCGCGACGAAUCCUCAAGAGCUGACUGUCUCCAAGGGUCAACAAGUCGAGGUGGUGGAGGUAUGUCAAGCCAAACCAGAGUACUGUCUUGUGCGCAUGCCGACUAGAGGGUCGGAAGGACAUCAAGAGCCUGUUCCCGAAGGGUUGGUACCUCUGGUGGUGCUGAAACAACCUCCACAGACCAGAGGAUCUCCUUCUAGACGGUUGCCCCAACCCUGCGACCAAGAUAUUCAGGAGUCAGCAGCCCAGAAUGAUGCUUCAGCUGUAAGCACUUCAUCCCCAGUUAAUAAAAGGCGAGGUUUUAGCGGGCGAAAAUGGUUGCCUCAACCUUUACGUAAACUCUCACAAGGCAAGGUUGAUAAAUCUCAAAGUCCUGUAGAUACCAGACCGCCAUUAAAGAAAACUGGAUCUGACAAAAGAAUUAAGGUCCCUGCAACAGAUAUGGGCAACAAAUCGUCAGUGUCAGAAGGAGAAGAAGACGAUGACCGACAUACACCAUUAAAAGGAGCUAAAUCAUUAGGACCAGACAUCGCAAACGGAGAUGAACAAGAUGAAGAGUGUGUAUUACCACCACCUAUGAAGCCGUUUGACGGUCAAUCCAUUUUAGUUCCUCAACCUUCCCCAGGGGUACCAGGCAUUCCUGAAAUCCAGGAAAAUCCCAGCAAGAGGGUAUCUAGCCUGACUAUAAAAUCGUUAGAGGGAGCCACGUCCGCCGAUUUGGCUGAAAUUGAGCAAAUAGUCAAGGAGAGAAUGGAACAACAUUCAGAAAACAAACACUCGGUGCUCAGAAAUACGCGCAGCUCAGAAGCGAUUUCCGAGUAUAGUAUAGACGGACAAAUUAAGAAUAUUGCUUCAUCUUCGAAUGAGGCUGGGGCGUCCGCUUAUAGCGGAGAUGAGAGUGACCGACAGAAUGAAGUAGACCCAACCAGGAUCGAGCAUUACAUGAAACAGAGAGAGUACGUGCUAAGAGAGCUCGUGGAUACGGAAAAGGCAUAUGUAACAGACUUGUCCCUUAUAGUGGACGGUUAUAUUGCUACGAUGAGAGACCCAAACUGCGAGAUUCCCAUGCCGGACGAUCUUAAAGACGGAAAAGACAAAAUGGUGUUUGGAAACAUCGAGCGAAUAUACAAUUGGCACAAAAAACAUUUCUUGCCGGCCCUUGAGGCCGCCCAAAAACAACCGGAAGAACUCGGCGAAGUAUUCAAGAAACACGAGAGGAACUUGCACAUGUACGAUGCCUAUUGUAAAAAUAAACCGAUAUCCGAUCAUAUUGUGAGCGAAUAUAUGGAAUCGUAUUUUGAAGCGUUACGAAGGAAAUUAGGUCAUAAGUUACAACUAUUCGACCUCCUAAUUAAACCCGUCCAAAGGAUAACAAAAUACAACCUGCUACUUAAAGAAUUCCUGAAAUACACGGAAAGGGCUGGAUUGGUGAACGAGCUGGAUAAUGUGAGAGCUGCUUACAAAAUUAGCGUAAUCAUUCCUAAGAAUGCUAAUGAUAUGAUGGACGUUGGAAGGUUACAAGGAUUUGAGGAAGCUACGUCUACAAAACUGAUCGCUCAAGGAAAACUCUUACUGCAUGGUGUGCUCAGUGUGUGUGACUCUCCCGGACAAAACAUUUUGGGAAAAACCUUCAAUAAAAUGCAAGUUUUCCUGUUUGAACAGAGCAUCAUUUUCUCGGAAAUCGUUGGAAAGAAAACUCAGUUUACUAGCCCCAAUUAUAUUUAUAAAGCUCAUAUACAGGUAAACAAAAUGAACCUGGGAGAAAUCCGGGAGGACGGCAGCUUUGUCAUCACUUCGACGGAACACAAUAAUCCUGGAGCACUCGUGGACAUCUCGAAAACCUCCGGUUCGGCGACCACCGGUUUCGAGUGUGUCGCAGCCACCGAAGAGUUACGCGUAGAAUGGCUGAAAACCCUUAAGGAGAUCCUGCAAAGGCGCGAUGACUUUGUUAAGGCGAUCGAGAGUCCCAUCGCGUAUAUUAAAGAACGGACUAACAACCAAUCUGAGUUUCCCUGGGAAAUCCGAAGAGAAGGAGAACUUAAUGAUACCAGCCCCAUAAAAUCACCCAGAAAACCACCUCAUUAUAUCCAUAAGGCCAACACUAUUGGUAUACCUUCAGAAAGUGAGCUUAGUCCAAGUGAUUCUUCGGACCAUAAACACGGGAAUCAUAAGAGCAGAGGAAUUUGGGGUUUGGGAAGAAAUAAACACAAAAGCGACACGAGCGUUACGGGAUCGGGUAAAGAUGGCGAGAAGAAUGAUUUGCACAGGAGGUGGGUCGAGGGUGGACAAAAUUCGCAGGAUAAUUGCCAUAUCCUGGCACCAGGAGCGCAAGCUCGAGUCGCAUGUGAGUAUCCAGGAGUAAACGUAGGAGAGGUUGUUACUGUGAUAAAAUACGAUGCUAAUCAAGGAUAUUUGGUAACUGUAAAUGUCAUUGAACAAGAAAUUUGGCUACCUUCUUAUGUGAUAACGAACCAUGGAAGAAAACAUUGGAAUUUUGGAUUCAAAAAGUCUCCACGAUCUCCCACCAAUGGCAACCUAAAUGGAUCGAUACUGGAAGACAAAAUUCCAGAAUUCCGUGAGCGCUUACAAGAUGCAACAGUACAGAGUGGUUCCAAAGUAAUCCUAAAAUGUAGAGUAAAACAGUGUAAUGGACCUAAAGUUAAACCAAGCUGGAAAAAACUGGAGCCGAGCUUGUGUAUUUUGCGCAGUGGCCGUUUCAUGCAGGACAGUAAUGACGAGGGAGUGGGUAUUUUGACUUUCGAAAAUGCCAAGCCGAGUGAUUCUGGAACGUACUCUUUUACCAUUACCAACGAUUAUGGAUCUGCGAGUUGUUCUUGUGUCCUUACAGUUUUAAAUAACUCAAUCCCUAUAGGUACGUUUAUUAUGUUUUUUUUCUGUAUUAUUAUACUUAUCAAUAUAUAUUUUUUAGCCGAGCCUAAAAUUCAAGUUCCUAACUCAAACAGCGUGGUACUUGAAUGGGAUAAUCCACAAAAUUACCAAUAUUUUAUCGAAUAUUGCAAACUCGGGUCCGGAGAGUGGACGGCCGCCAAUGGUACAACCCCUGUCACAGGAAACUGUUUUACUGUAGAAAAUUUAGUUGCUGGAGAAACUUACAGUUUUCGUCUCGUAGCAUGCCAUAAUAUGUCUGUGAGCUUGCCAACAGUAGCUGUAACCCUUCCUGUAGCUGAUGCGUUAUUAUGGAAACAAGAUCAAUUUAGAAAAAGGUACAUCGAGCUGGAGGAGCUUGGAAGAGGGCGAUAUUCGGUAGUUCGAUUAGCAAGAGAUCGAGGUACUGAUGGUGAAGUAGCAUUAAAACAAAUAUCGAGACGAAAACAAGCCUAUACCAUCACCGAAGCUGAAUAUUCUUUAUUGGCUCCUAUGGCUCAUCCAAACAUUAUAAGAUCUUUGGCUUUGUUUGAUAAUGCACCGGUGCCAGGAACUGAUACGAUCGUACUAGAGCUUGUUAGAGGGCCCUUAUUGUUCACGCACUUAGGAGAGCAUGAUUAUUUGGAAGGAGAUGUGAGGAUUUUUGCUAGUCAGCUAAUUUUUGCCUUAGCUUGGCUGCACGGAAAGCAAAUGAAUAUUGUUCAUUUAGAUAUAAAGCCAGAGAAUGUUAUGGUGGAUACGACGUUUAAUCCUCCACGAUUAAAACUGGUGGACUUUGGUGAUUCGGUGAAUACAUCCAAAAACGAGAUUUUGCCUCCCGCUUGUUUAGAAUUUGCAUCUCCCGAACUAGUAUUGGGUCAACGAGUUGGAAAACAUACAGAUUGUUGGGCAGCCGGUGUGUUUAUCUAUGUCCUCCUGAGCGGGGUUUCGCCGUUCUUAGAUGACUCCGCCGAAGAGACCACUGCCAAUAUUCUAAAGUGUGACUUUUGCUUUCCCGAAGAAUAUUUUUGCAGCAUUUCCGAUAACGCACAGGAUUUUAUUAAGAAACUAUUGGUACUGAAGCAGCAAAGUCGUAUGACGAUGAAUGAAGCGCUGGCUUUUCCUUGGCUUAAAGAGGAGCAUCUUAUAGCAGUAAUCCCUUGUUCCCGGCUAAAAACUUACAUGCAGCGAAGACACCCUUCUAAUAUUGCGACGACUCCAACGACUCCAGUUUACACUGGAGAACAUAUAUUUUAAGCGUCUAGUUAAUGUAAAAAAAUAGCCCUUAUGAACAAUUAUUACGGUUUCCAUGACAUUUUAAAAAUGCCGUCUAGACAUUUAUAAAAUAGGCUUUAUUUACCAAUUUUUUUUAGUAUGUCGUUUUAACAUUGUGAUAUCUUAGAGUGUAAUACAUGGAUUUUAAUAAAUUGCCUUUUUAGUGUUUAAAUAUUUAAACUAUUACAUAAGAAUUUUUAUAGCAUAAGAUAUCUAUUUUAAUAUUUUAUAUAUAGUUUUGAUUUUAAUCGCGAAAUUUGUGUGCUUUUUUCGUUUUUAAGUGCGUAAAAUAUUAUUGCAUUGCAAAUAUAUAUUUUAUUAACGA